AUGUCUUCUCCGUGCAGCUACUGCAACAAAACAUCGUUCAUCGGUGACGAUGUCUCUGGCGAGUUAAUAUGUUCCUCAUGCGGCGGCAUUCAGCAGUUCGACCAAUUCGACGCCCAAAUCGGCGCCAUCGACGGUCCUCAGGGAACCUUCAUCCGUGUCGGCACCGCAGGUUCGGGCAGCCUUUAUUCAUUCAAAGAGAGGAAACUUUUCGCCGCGCAAACCACCAUCGAGGAAGUAACUUACACCCUAGGGUUAUCUUCCAAGAGCGUCGACGUUAGGAGCAUGGCGUCCACUAUCACCGAGGGCGAGUUCGGCCAAGGCGAGUGGUUCCGCGUGCUCAUCGGUGCGUGCGCGUAUGUUGUCAUGCGGAGGGAGGAUCAACCCUUGCCGAUGGCGGAAGUCGCCUCAGCGGUGGGGUGCGACUUGUAUGAAAUCGGUAGGAGUGUCGUUUUUGAAUCCGAGGAUUCGGAAGCAGGAGGUGUUUUUGAUUCAGUGUGCGGUGAAGUGGUUUUGAGCACUGGUCGCCGGCCGCUUCCGUUGGUGGUGGCGGUGGUGGUGUUUGUGGCGGAGCUGAAUGGGAUUGCGGUGGAGAUGGAGGAAUUGGCUAGGGAGGUGCUGCCUUGGGGGAAGGAUGUUACUGUUAAGAACAUUGUUAAGAAUGCGCCUUUUGUGAUUCAGUAUUUGGAGAGGAAGGCUAUGUUGAAGCCUGGGGUGAUUCAGGAGAAGAGGAAGGAUCUUCAUCGGGCUGCAGUGGACUUGGAGGAUGUGGUUGCUAAAUGCUUGAGACAUGAUGAUGAAUUAGAAUAUGGGGUUGAUGGCGUGACUUCGCGGAAGGAUUUGCAGUAUUUUUCGUCGGAGAGUAAGGCUAAUAGAUUGGGUGUUGGGGAUGCUGACAGGCUGCAGGUUUCGCCUGAAUGCUUGUCUGUGCUGUAUAAGAAGUUUUUAGAUGAAAAUCGUUGUGCCGAGCCUUUGAGAGGGAGUGGGAAUGCUCUGAAAAGAAGAAGUUUUGGAUUUGAUCUGCAACAGUGUACGGAGUGGUGGGAUGGAAAAUCUGAACUGAGCAAAAAGCUUCUGCUUAAACAUCUUCUGGAGAAGGAUAUUGGAGUGGAGACCAUGCUGCCAUCAUUUGUCAAUGGUCAAUUGAAAUGUAAAAUGAGGCAGGACAGAAUCAAUGCUGCUAAGCUAAGGAUAAAGCGAAUUAUGCAUCCCUUUGGGUGCUGA